UAAAUUCCUGUCAACUUUGGUUGACUGGCAAUAAAGUUGAACCUUCUUAUCAUACACCUUCAGGUUUAGCCUUACACAACCUGCCAGGAGACCAUUACCUAAUCAAUCUCACUGCCACGAUGGGAACACUGAAUGUGGCAUCAGAGGUAGAUGGGGUGACAAUCAAAGGUGAUGGUGAGAUGCACAUGACUCUGUCCAGCAGCCUCUUGCCGAAUCUGAACCGACAGCUGCAGUUUGUCACCUACACAAACACAUUGUUUCACCCCAGCACAGCAGACACGGUGCAGUUUGAGACAGAGGGGCAUCGAGCCAUCUUCACUAUCAAGAUCCGUCACGGUGUAACACCCAAACUGUACGACAGAGGAUCCAAAGGAGGUAAAACACAACACCAGUAUGUCAGUAGUGUCCAUAACCAAAGUCAAACAUCCUGUCACUUUAUAAACCUGGAACAUUUUGAAAAGUUAUUUGAUUUAAAAAGGUGAACUUUCUUCUCUCUGUUGUCUGAUCCACCUUCUCU